AUGUUCCAGAUUCGAGUUGUGUGCUCAUUAAUAGCGGUGGUUUUAACAACCUUUAGCCAGGCUUCAGGUUAUGACAUGUUGAUCUCGCCGUGUCCGAAAGUGUUUAAAUACGAGGUCCAAGUAGUAAAUCAUCAACCGUUAGCAAAAAGGUGGUACGGUGUUGUCAACCUAGCUACGAACGUGACUUACCAUGCUCUAUGGUUGAAUAUUAUCUUGGACAGAAAAGCUGAUAUACUUGGGAGCUGGAUUGGUGAAGUGACUUCAAAAGACAACAUAGAUUUUAUGAUUGAAAACUUAAACAUAACAAUUCAGCCAGAACAAAAAAGAACGGCUUGUUUCUUUGUACAAUACAGUAGCGACUUUCAACCAAAAGUGACGGCUAUUUUCAUCAAUGGCAGAGAAGUAUGUCAUGCUUACAAUUAUACUGAUGCUAAAGCGGACAAACCAAUUUCAAGAUUGAACAAUAAUGGUGGCAAUAAUAAAAGUCGUAUUAAAUCGGCUGAAAGAACAGUAGCAGUGCCUAUUAUAGAAAAUAUUUCCAACAAAGCACAUCACAGUAAGAAAAUCAUUAGAACAACAACUUCUAAACCAAAUUAUCAUAUACAAACAACGACAAAAAGAACACAAACAACAACUAGAAAGACAAAACACAUAAACCCAGUACAUGUAACACCUAAAAGUAAAACAAAGUUGUUCUUUUUAAAGAAACCGAAAAAUAAUCAACAAUCAUUUGUUGUAAUAAUUGGUAAUUCCACUUGUUUCUCCUGUAAAUCUAAUGUAAGGGACGAAAGCACAAAAAUAAAUAAUACAGUAAAGGGACCGACUGUUACUAUACAGCAAGAACAUAAUAAGGAUAAGAACUUGCAACUUAAUAUUCAAACAUUUAACAACUUGCAUACAGUGAAAAAUGCAAAUUUAACGACUGACAUUUUGACUUCACGGAAGAUUAAAGGUGUCUACAGGUCAAAAACAGAUAAUAAUAAAAAAUCUGACAGUUUAAAAACAUCAACAAAUGCAUAUCUAACGACUGAUGCUUCGACUACAAGGAAGAUAAUAGAUGACAGCUCAAAGAUAGUAAAUAAUGAAAGAUUUGAAAGUUUGCAAACAGCGCAAACUACAAUUAUAACGACUUAUAUUUCAACUACAACGCAGAUCAAAGGUGACAACAGGCCAACGACUGGUAAUCAAAGAAUUGUAAAUUUGCAUACUACGGACAAAGCAAAUUUAACGACUGAAAUUUCAACUACAACGAAGAUAAAUGGCGACGACAAGCUAAAGAUAAAUAAUAAUGGAAGAUUUAACGAUUUGCAUACUACGGGCAACGCAAAUUUAACAACUGAAAUUUCAACUACAAUGAAGAUAAAUGGCGACGACAAGCUAAAGAUAAAUAAUAAUGGAAGAUUUAACGAUUUGCAUACUACGGGCAACGCAAAUUUAACAACUGAAAUUUCAACUACAAUGAAGAUAAAUGGCGACGACAGGCUAAAGAUAGAUAAUAAUCAAAGAUUUGGCAAUUUGCAUAUAACGGGCAAUGAAAAUUUAACGACGCAAAUUUUGACUACAAUGAAGAUAAAAGAUGACAACAGGCCAAAGACAAAUAAUAAUCAAAGAUUUGACAAUUUGGGAACAACGAGAAAUGUAAAUUUAACAGCUCAAAUUUCAACUAAAACGAAGAUAAAAGGUGACGACAGGCCAAAGAUAGAUAAUAAUGAAAGAUUUGAUAAUUUGCAAACAGGGCAAAAUGUGUAUACAACUGAAAUUUCGACCACAAGGAAGAUAAAAGAUAGUCACAUAUUAAAGAUACCUAAUAAUCGUAAACAUAAUAGCUUACAGACAACACCAACCCUAUUUACAACGGUUAGUAUUUCGACUACAAGGAAAAUGAAGAGUGAUGACAGGUCAAAUUUAGGGAAUAAUCAUAGAUUUGACAGUUUGCAAAAAGGACCAAAUGUGUUUAUAACGACUAAUAUUUCGACUACAAGGCAAAUAAAAGGUGAUGACAGAAGGAACAGAAGGACAAAUAAUGACAGUGGAUUUGACAACUUGCAAGCAGCAACAAACCGAUAUAUAAUGACUGAUACUUCAAGUUCAAAGAAAACAAAAGUUGGAGGUGGGUCAGACGAUUUUGAAGUAGAAAAUAAUGAAGAUGGAUUAGAUACAUUAGGUGUAAUAGGACUUCCAGAAACUUCAGUAAGACCUGAAAUAGAUACAAUAUCUGACACAAUUUCAUCGUCUGAUCGACAACCUGAUAUUAGAGACAUUUUCAGAGAACCUACAUUAGACGAAGAAGAAGAAAUACAUAAAAAUGGGGAUCGGGCUGUCAUUCCUUCGAACUUUGACCCAGAGCCUUCAUGUGGAAAGGUUUUGAAAACACGACAACUGCACUUACCCUAUGGCUCCAGUACAUCCGAGGGCCAAUGGCCCUGGCAAGUAGCUAUUUACCAGCAACGGUCUGUAGACCUGAAAUACAUUUGCGGAGGUACCCUGGUGUCCCAACGUCAUGUCGUCACGGCAGCACAUUGUGUCACGAGGAAAAGGACUAUGAGCCUUGUGCAUACGAAAACUAUAACUGUCUACCUGGGCAAGUUCAACCUCAGGCUUUCUGUUGAAGGAGUGCAGAUUAGAUUUGUAAAAGGCAUAAGAGUUCAUCCUGAGUAUAAUUCGACGACCUUUAGCCGGGACUUGGCUAUCUUAGAGCUUCGGAGUGCAGCAGAUAUCACAGACUUGGUGAGACCUGUGUGUCUUUGGCCCGAGGACGAGAUAGGCCUAGAAAAUGUUGUUGGACAAACUGGCUCGGUAGUUGGCUGGAGUUUUGAAGAUUCUAGUUUAACUAAUGCUGAACUACAUCUUACGGAGAUGCCGGUGUUUGACCAUGACACCUGCAUCAGCGCCUUCGAUAAUUUCUAUGAGACGUUGCUGUCUGAUUACACGUAUUGCGCGGGAUACAGACAGGGUACAGAUACAUGCAAUAGUAACGACAGCGGUGGUGGCAUGGUGUUUAAGAAAGGCAAAUCCUGGUACCUUCGAGGUAUCGUGUCUGUUUCAAUAUCCUUGCAGAACGAACAUCGUUGCGACUCAAAACACUUCAUUGUUUUCACUGAUAUUGCAAAAUUCAUACCAUGGAUCAGGGAUUAUAUAGACUGA